GAAUAUUAUUUUAAGGUAUGUAAUUUACGUUUAGGUUGCACUUGUUUAACGCUGUGAAGGUGUGAUGCUUUGCCUGUCUAAAACACCUGGUGGGCUAAUGAAAAUUUUAAUGGGCAGAGAAAGAUUUUAAAGGCGGGAGAAAGGAUGGGUUGGUCAGUCCCAGAGAGAGUAUAAAUAGAAGGAAAAUCGUCAAGGAAGGAACAGAGAAAGAGCAAGAACAGGGAGAGGAGGAUGCUAGGGGAAGGUAAGCAGUUACCCACCACUGAGUAGGAAUCAAAGUAAGACACACAGAGGGGAAAAAAAGGGGGGUGGGAAAAGCCCACAGCCAGAGGCAAAGUAGACAGGUAAUUCAAAGAUAAGAAAAGCUGGCAGGGAACAAGCCAAGCUAAGGCUAGCCAUUGUAAGUAAGAAUAAGCUACUGUGUGUAAUUUAGUUGGGAGCUGGGUAUCAGGUCCCAAAAGAACAAAAGAAUUAAAAGAGCAGACACGAUCAACACAAAAGAGAAAUAUGGUGAAUGCUAACUGGGUAUAACCAGCCUCCUCAGGCCCCUGCCUUCCAACUGACCAGAGCAGCCUUCCUGUACUUAGGGACAGAAUGUGAAGAAGACCAGUGUCUAAGCUAAGCCAUCAUUGGUCCAUUUCUUGCUCUGACCUCACAAUGACAGAACCCUGUUGCCUCACAACUCUGCCUGAGGCUGCCUCCUCUCCUUACAGUGCAGAGGCUGAUCUUCAGCUGAAACUUGAUUGAGAGAGAAGGGAGCUGCUUACAGUUCGUCAAGCGUUGAAUCCGAACACAGGCCCGACAGUCAACACCUCACCACAUAGGCUGAGGCCUAGCGGGACUUCUGGUCCCGCUGGCACCAGCUUGGCCACCCUCACCAAAAUCUCUGCCUGAGGCUGCCUCCUCUCCUUACAGUGCAGAGGCUGAUCUUCAGCUGAAACUUGAUUGAGAGAGAAGGGAGCUGCUUACAGUUCGUCAAGCGUUGAAUCCGAACACAGUGGGUUUGUGAGGUGGAAAGUGUUUGGCGCUCUUUGCUGGUGAAAGAGGCUGCUUGGUCUUUCAAGAUCUGCUGAGCUCCAACAUAAAUCCGACCAUGGAGCAGGGCGGAGACACCCUCUAUUGCGAUGAAAAGACCUUCACCGAUGUUUGUCAAAUAAUGACGACAUUGGGACGAGGAGCCUUUGCAGCAGUCAAACUUGCCUUCCACAUGCCUACUCUCACCUACGUGGCUGUCAAGAUUCUAGGCAAUACAAAGAGGUACCCCGCAGAUAAUAACGAGGUUGAUAUCAUGAAAUCCCUCGUUCAUCCGCAUAUUAUCAAGUUCUUCCAGGAGGUCCAGACACGGGAGGUGACUUACGUUAUAAUGGAGUACGCCUCCAAAGGGGACCUACUGCGUCAGAUCCGCAAACCGGGAGGAUUAAAGGAAUGCGAGGCUCGGAAGUUCUUUUGGCAGAUACUACAGGCAGUGAAAUACUGCCACAACAACUGUAUCGUGCACAGAGACAUAAAGGCAAAGAACAUCUUGAUUGACUCCAAUGGCACUGCCAAGUUGUGUGACUUUGGCCUGGCAGUUAAAGUUCUCCCUGGGGAAAAGAUAAAUAAUUUCUGCGGCACUCUGGCCUACUGCGCCCCGGAAGUCUUUUGGGGGGAACCUUAUGAUGGCUAUGCUAGCGAUGUUUGGACCUUGGGGGUGCUCCUCUAUUUUAUGGUGGCCAGGCACGUACCAUUUCAAGCUACCUCGUCUGCGGGUCUGAGGCGGCAAAUCCUUGCUGCUAACUUUAGCGUUCCUCAUCACGUCCCAAUAGACAUUUUUAACGUCAUUGUGGAGAUCCUGAUGAUAAAUCCCAACAGGAGGCCCACCAUCAACGAAAUCCUGGAGCGCCCCAUGGUGAGGGACAGCCAGCCACAGGCAUCCAUACCGAGCCCCACAGGCACCCCGAGCCCUCGCAUUGUUGGGGCCUUGAGAGGCAAGGGGUGCAAGCAUGAAGGAAUGAUUGAGUGUCUAGGAGAGGAAAACUAUAACCGGGCACCCGGGGGAGACUGCUGCCAUCACCAGGGGAAAUCUGCAAAAUCAACGGAGCCAGGCCUUGUCCCCAACCUGAGAAAUCUUAACACCUUUUCUGGGACCCUCAGGAGAGCUACUGACCUUACUCCCCCAACCUUCAUCGUGCCAUCUGAGCCCCAGAAGGAAGAUAAGAAUUCCAGGCAGGGUGGCAGAAGGCAUAACAUGCCUGCCACCCUGUGCUGCCAGCCUAGGAGGAUCCACCUUGCCCACCUAUCCCAUCUGCGCUGUCCUGUGGCUGAUUCCCUCAGGAGCAGCAGCCUGGCCACCAGGGAGAGUUCCACGCACUCUAAAAUGGCAUUGUGUGGCAGCUUGACGGUGAGUGCCCAGCCAUCCUGCUCUCCGUACCCCGCUCUUGGGGCAAACCAGAAUGGGGCUGCAAAUGACCCAGAGAAACUCUGGCACUCCCAUGUAACUUCCAAAGGCUCCUCCCUUGGGGACACAGUGCAGGAAGUGACCCGAGAAGUGUCCACAAGACAGGAAGAGGCCAUCAUCCAUGGUCAGCCCCAGGAUGCCAGGCCAGCUUCCUCCCGAAGCCAGAGGCACCACCGCUGGAAACGGAUGAAAAAAACAAUUGUCAGCUGCCUCAGGCAACUAUGCUGCUGCCUGCCUCCCACAGAGGGAAACAAUGCAUUCCGUGAGAACCAGGCUCCACAGACACGGGAUCCUGGAGACACCCACAGAACCAGCCCUGAAGAGGUCAAGCCCCAGCUCCGUGGCUUCUGAGCCACGGGUUGGGGAUCGGUCUGGAGGAGAUUCGGACAGCCCCUCUGGGGACCCAGGCCAGAUGCCCAGGACACCACACUGUCUGGCCACAGGCCCCUCCUGCAGAGGAAGAGUCAUCCACCCCAGAGAACAUCUAUCUCUCCAGGCCACCAUUCUCACCAGUGACAACUGGCUCCUGCACUCACCACCAUGUGCCACACCCUGAGGGACUGGUAGGUGAAAUGCUAAGGAGUGAAACCCAAAACCCAGUGAGGUGUCAGCAACCUGCUGUGCUCCCUGCCUCCAGCCUGCCUGAGUCUGCACUCAGCAGUGAACUUUUCUUAGAUGGCUUCUGUUUUUGACAGCCCCACGAAUGCAUCUUACAAAGACCGUGUCAACUUGUCUGGGUCAUGAGACCCAGAGAAGACUGCGCGACUGGUAGUGUGGUGUCCGUCUCUGCAGCUGUCCUGUGACAGCAUCUAUGUUCAAGAAUGUGUCCCUAAGUGUUCCCCCCAGAACCCCAUGCUUCCCAGCCCAUCGUCAACAACUCUGUACAUGCCACAGGGUCCAUUCCUGGCCUUAGUCACUGGACCAGACUGAACUACUUAAACUGAGAGAGCUUCUCAGGAGACUCUGGCCAGCCUGGGAGGCUGAUCUGGCCUGACACUGUGAACUUGUUCCCCUGCCUUCUACCCACUCGAACACGCAGCCGCUGUCCCGGCUGCCAAGGACUGUCGAUCCUCCUGCCCUCAGCCAGCUGAGUGUAGGCGGUACAGCCUUUCUAGAUGACCUAUUUUUCCGACUGAGAAUCUUUUGAAGUUGCACACGCAAGGGGCGUAGCUGGACACCACUCUUCUUCUGAAGCUAGGAGCGUUGAAGGUGUGUUCUGACCAGCAGUCCUCAAGUUGGCCUCGUCUGAGUGCCUUUGCAGCUCCGUGCAACAAAAUGAAAGUCACCAGCCCUAACCAGCCCAUGUCCCGACCUCAGGCUGAUGAAACUAAGAAGAUGGAGCCUCACCCUUCUGCUUGAAGGUUUAGUCACCUUACCCCUUGGGGCAAUCUCCUAUUCCUCACAUUUAGACAGUUCUAGGGAGUUUGUGGGUUUGUCUAGACGCUAGAGCUAGGGUGAAGGUGUGUACCUAUAAUCCCAGGACUCUGGAGGCUUAGCCUAGAGACUAGCCAUAAAUUCAAGGCCAGCCUGGCCUCCAUGAGGAACAGCAGUCUAGUCUUUGGUGGCUCUCUCUCUAAAACACAGAAAGUGAACAACAGGACUAAUGCUCAGAGUGCCUAGCAUACACACUGGCUCUGGCCCUGUCUUCUUUAGGAUAAAAUAAACCCUGGUGGAGCAUGCCGCGAAUCCCAGUAUUGGGGCACGGACACAAGAGGAUCAGGGAGUCAAGGUCAUCCUCCAACACAGAGUGUUUGAGGCCAGUCUAGGAGGAAUGACACUCUAUUUUAAAAACAAACAGCACCUACCCCCAAAUCUUAAUGCCCCAAUCUGAGAAAACAGUGACAUAGCAGCCCAUUCCAACCACAUAUUCUUUGAAUCAAAAGAUCUUUCUGAUAGAUGUGCAGGGCUAUUUCCUGUGACUCAUAUCUGGAAGUGGCCUGAGCCAAUUGAGUUCAUCCUUGUGCACAGCACUGAGGAACCCUUCGGUAAGUACUCCCUGCUGGCCCUGUGGGAGGCACUGACAGGAAGGUUUGGAGAGCAUGGAGAGACCCCCACCUGUGCCAAUAAGAAAGGCUGGAAGGCUGCUGGCCCUGCCACCCCUCAGAAACCCUGAUGCUGUGCUGCCCCCUUGUGGCACUUCUGUACCAGUUCCGUGUUAGUUUGCCUGGUUUGCUGGGGUCCCUGCUUCAACUCCUGCCACAAAGUGGGGUGACUGGAUGUGCUCGGAAGUGGGGUGGGGGAGGCGUCCAUUGCUCUGUACCCAUCUGACGUAACUUUAUCCUCCUUUACUUCAUUCCAUUUCUACAGUAUCCUAAUAAAAGGACAAAAUAGCUUUCAUAGAUGUUCUGCCCAGGGGAUGUCCCUGAAGAAACUUCAUAGACUACAUUGCUGGUUCUUCCUGGCCCUAAUGAGAAAUGAUUGGCACCAAGCAAGAGUGUGAAAUCGACCCCCUGGAACCCAAAGAAAAGGACGGGCAGGCUUGCUGAAGCUGGCCACCCCAGCACCUGGAGAUGGAAACAGGAAUCCUGGGCUACCCACAGAAGCCGGGCUAUAAAAAACCCAACAAGGUGAAGGGCAAAGAGGAAGCAGCACAAAGUUAGUUGAAGAAGCAGGUAGAAGAUCUGACCUCCUCUGCAGGAGCAUCCCGGUGGCCAGACCUAUGAGAACGAGACAGGAUGCUGCUGCUGAGAACACUGGAUUGUCCUCUCUGGAUGCUAGAUGGUUGGCAGAGCCCAGUGAGCCAAGCCCUGGAGAAUCUUAUUACUGCUGAGUAGAAUUCAGUUGGUGGCUGCCAAGGUGAUCCCAGCUUGGUUAGCACUGUGGGUCACCUGGAUGUCUCACCUCUCUGCAGCACGGGACUAGGCGUCUCUCAGAUGCCAAGGCAGAGGGCCCCGCGCUAGGGAGAAAAGAUGGCCACCUUGAGCAAUUCUACUGGUGCUAACCCUUUCUUCUUCCUGAAUCGUUGCAAUACAUGUUUUCUAUGUUGAAAAUAAAAUGGCAUUGUUAAAUGA